CUUCACCCCGAGCCAGUCUCAUAUCGUGACGUCAUGACAACAUCCGUUAGUUCAUCAAGGAAUUUGUGAUUUGUUGAUUGUGUCUCUGGAAUUACGUUGGCAGUUGUAAAAUCGUUGUGCUCUGCGUUGUGCGCGUCGCUGUGCCGUGCCGUGUUUAUCUUCGAAACUCUGGGAUUUUGCGUCGGCGAUCCUCGGGAUUAAAUUGUGCAGUGUAUUCUACUAUGUGGUGUGUCUUAUCAUUGUGAAGUCAUGUUUCGCUGUAUUCCCAUCUUCAAGGGAUGUAACCGACAUGUCGAGUUCGUCGACAAGCGUCACUGUUCGCUCGCUUGUGUCCCAGAAGACAUUUUGAGAUACUCCAGGAGUUUGGAGGAAUUGCUGCUCGAUGCAAAUCAGAUUUGCGAGCUACCAGAGAGCUUUUAUCGAUUGCACAGGCUGCGGAAACUCACUUUGAGUGACAAUGAGAUCCUGUGUCUCUCGCCGAACAUCCAGAACUUCAAAAAUUUGGUGGAGUUGGAUUUCUCCCGAAAUAACAUAUCUGAAAUUCCUGAUACGAUAAGGCAUCUUCAGGCCCUGCAAUGCUUAGAUUUCAGCAGUAACCCCAUACAAAGUUUGCCUGAGGGGUUUAUUGAACUUAGAAAUUUAACCGUUCUUGGGCUGAACGACAUGUCUCUAGUCAAGCUACCUUUAGAUUUUGGCAAUUUAAUUAGUCUAGAAUCACUGGAACUACGAGAAAACAUGUUAAAAUCGCUACCUGAAUCUUUUUCUCAGUUAACUAAGUUGGAAAGGCUUGACAUAGGAGAUAACAAUAUUGAUGAAUUACCUCGAAAUAUAGGUAAACUACCGUCUUUAGUAGAACUAUGGAUUGACCACAAUGAAUUACAGCAUUUACCUCCAGAAAUCGGACAGCUUUCGAAUCUGAUGUGUUUAGACGUGUCAGAAAAUAGGUUAGAAGAUAUUCCAAAUGAAAUUGGCGGUCUAGUCAACUUGACAGACCUGCAUUUAUCUCAGAAUGUGAUUCAAACUUUACCGGACGGAAUAGGGAAUUUAACUAAAUUAACAAUUUUAAAAGUUGACCAAAAUAGAUUGACGUCUCUGAAUGAAAAUAUUGGGAAUUGUGUAAAUUUACAAGAAUUAAUUUUAACUGAAAAUUUUUUAAUAGAACUGCCUCCAACAAUAGAAAAACUAGUUAAUCUAACAAAUUUAAAUGUCGACAGAAAUAGUCUUCAUUGUCUUCCUUCUCAAAUAGGUAAUUUGUCAAAAUUAGGUGUGCUAUCUCUCAGAGACAAUAAAUUAUUUUAUCUACCGACGGAAGUAGGAAACUGUUCAUCACUCCAUGUUUUAGAUGUUUCCGAUAAUAGGUUACAGUAUUUGCCGUACUCUUUAGCGAAUUUAAAUUUAAAAGCAGUUUGGUUAUCAGCUAAUCAAGCGCAGCCUUUACUUAACUUCCAAACAGACAUUGAUGAAAAGACAAACGAACAAGUUUUAACUUGUUUCCUGUUACCUCAAGUUGAAGACAGAUCUGAAGUAUUUCCUGGUCAAGUGAACGGUGGCUGUGAAGAAAAUUAUGAAACUUACAGUCAGUACCGAGAGUAUUAUGAAGAAGACUGGCAAGACAAAAAUUCCUCCCACAGACUCUCAGUCAAGUUUUCUGACGAUACUCAAGUGGAAGAUAAUAAAAACACGUCAUUUGUGAGACAAAAUACGCCACAUCCCAAAGAAUUGAAAGCCAAAGCUAUGAAAUUAUUUUCAAAAUCAAAAUCCAAUGACUCCAGUAGAGAAAUGACCGCAGAAGAAUUGGAGGAAGUUAAAAACCAUUCUCAAAAGGAUCAACUUCAAACUGAGACGGAACAGCCGGCCAGCGCACGGAGUUCCUAUUCCGAGCCUCCGACUGAAGCGAAAGAUUCUGUUAAAUUAAAUUCUAUCCAUGAAAUAUCACCCAAUGAGCAUGGUGUUGAGUCGUGUAGUGAUACGUGUCCUAGUGAAUCAGAAGACUUUAGCAGAGAGGAAAAGCAUGUUGGAUUCGACGCUGUUACUAACACUACCGCGGUUUUUGAGGAUAACAGACCGAAUCGGUUGCACCGGAGGGACACUCCGCAUCACCUUAAGAAUAAGCGUAUCCACUCAGCCAAUCCGGACAUCGACGAUGAAAAAGUGGCUGCCAUACUAGCGAGUGUUCUUAAAAAGCAGCCAGCUUCCACAGAUAUCGAUGAUCAUAAAAAGGCAUCAAACUCAAAUCCGACUGUUCAGCCUGUCAACGGGGAUACGCAAGAUUCUUGCACAGGCGAAACAAGAUUAGAAAGGAUAAGAAUUGAAAUUGAAAAAGGUUCCACUGGAUUAGGUCUAUCCAUAGCUGGUGGUGUCGGCUCAACUCCGUUUGUAGGCAAUGAUGAUGGCAUAUUUAUCUCCAGAGUAACAGAAGGUGGACUUGCCCAUAAAUCAGACGUCAGGGUCGGCGAUAAACUGCUAGCUGUGAAUGGUCAUUCCUUAGUGAAAGCAGACCACUAUACAGCAGUAGAAGUGCUGCGAUCCGCUGGUCAAACAUUAACUUUUGAUAUCAUACGUGAAGUACCUGUCAUGCAGACUCCCUCAAAGACUGAUUUUAAUUCUAAAAAUGGAGGAAGCACAACAAAAGAUGUCGACUCAGCAAAUUCCUCUGUUACCACUAGUCGAGCACCCAGCAGAACGUCUCAUAAUUCUGUCGUCACUUCUGGUCCUGAAUCGACUGCUCCGAAUCAUGCAGAUUCCUUAAAUAAGGUGAAAAAAAUUCCAGAGCCUUUGAAAGAUGUAGAAAUGCGCAAACAAACAAUUUACGCUACCCUUUUCCGAGAUCAAAAUGGCCUUGGUUUCAGUAUAGCAGGAGGAAAAGGAUGCCCUCCCUUUAAAGAUGACUCUGAUGCAAUAUUCAUCUCCAAAAUAACAGAUGGCGGUGUUGCUGAUAGAGAUGGAACCCUUCAAGUAGGAGACCGUGUUGUUUCUAUAAACGGUAUCGAUCUUGAAGGUGCCAGGCAUGACCAAGCCGUAACAAUGCUGACAGGACUGGAACGACACAUCAGGAUAGUUGCUGAGCGAGAGGUGGCUGUACCGAAGGGCCAAAGCACCCCAACGCAAAGUCCUGGACCAGAGAAGUCACCAAAAGUGUUCGGGGUCCCAAAACCAUACACCAGCCUGUACAGCGCUAACAGUUACAUGGCAAACCGUCCUUCAUAUACAGGCAUCAGAUCCGCAGUCAGCUCACCUGUUUUUAAGGAAGCCAGCCCCAUUCCACCUCCGAAACCUGCGCCAAGGAAGUUGACCCCAUCCUCGUCCAUUGACGCCGAUUCUGAGAUACAGGAUCACCAUCCACCCAAACCAAUUACAAACGAAGAAUUCCAAGCAAUGAUUCCACCCCAUUUCCUCUACCACCAUCCACCGUCGACUGAGAAGUCGGAUGAUCACGGGAAACUGGUAUCCCUAACGAUAAAACAGCCUGAUCCUCAUUUGAAUGGCAUUGUCUUCCCCGAAGCUCCAACGGCUCUCGGAAAAGUGACCGAAACUAUCACUAAAAGUACCUUGACGGAAACUGUCGUCACGCGAGUUACUGAAAAUAAACUAGCCAAACCCGUUCCUAUUAAGGAGGGAACCAAAAUUGAAAAUCCUGAUGAAAGCAAACAGAAAGUGAUCGAAUCACCUACUGAAAUCACUCCUCCGUCCAAACCGCAGCCUGAGUCAUGUUCAGAAGUACAGUUGCCAUCUCAACCAACAGCUCAAUCGCCGACUCCAGCUGCUGAUCAGUCGCUACCCCAACUUCCUACUCAGCCACCGCCAAAACCUCAAAUACCACCUAAGACAUUCGCAAAACCGCAGCUGCUUCCAAAACCAAAACCUCCUCCGGCAACAGAAGAAAUUGCUUGCGAAAAAAGCCCGUGCCCUGAACCUACACCUACUAACUCUAUCAUCGAGAACAAAGAGUCUGCUGUAUUGGACGUCGUGAGAGCGGCAGAGCAGUUAGUUUUAGAUGCCAACGAUUUGCAGCUUAACCCGAAAUCACCUGGAGGCCCGAAGUCUGGGAACAGUUUGAAGACAACAACCAUUGUCAUGAGCAAACACACAUUGGCACCCCAGAACUCCACCGAAAACGAACCUUUGCCAACACCAGCUAGUCCUGUCAAAAAAUCCGUUAGUGACAAGCUGAGGUUUUUCGAAAAGGCUAUGGAGGAGCAAAACCAUCCUUCACCAAAACCAGCAGGACUAUAUCUUAAUACAGAGCGAGCUUUCAGCUUUCUGAGUCAAGAUGAGUUAGAGAAACUCAAGCAGGAAGAAGAAAAGAAAAUUGCCACACUAUCCAAAGACGACUUAAAACUGAUGACCCACUCAGAAGAACGUGAAAUGGAGGAUGAAUUUGAUGAGAACAUGAAGAACGUUAUUUUGUCAGAUGUCAAAACAUCAUCAAGUCACUCUGGAAUUCUGAAUGCUGAUAUACCCGACGAUUCAGUAAUAAGUCCUUCAUCUGGCCUUGUUCGCACUGCAAAAGCUGAGAAUCGCUUGAAAACCAAGCUCAUUCAGGACGGCAUACUGAAAGCAGAUGAAUCGGACAAAGAACUUUCUCAAGCAGAGCAGCGAGCGCUGAAUGCUGAAAAAAGAGCAGCCUGGAGACAAGCCCGGCUUAAAUCUUUGGAGCAGGACGCUCUGCAAGCGCAGAUAGUUAUCAAGAAGAUGAGCGAAAUGACUGGAAAUCUGGAUAAGAGGACAAACCCUGAAUCCACAGAGCAAGCGGCCAUAAUUGAAAAUGUGAACGUCAAUCAAACUUACAGUCAAAAUAACAACAAUAAAAUCAGUAACAUCAACAAUAAUAUAGCCAACGCCAACAUCAAUGUUGUCAACAGGACGGCUCUGGCAGAUGAACAGAACAAUAUAAUCGAGCAGGUUGAUACAUCACCGAACAAAAAAUUAUCGCUGGACCUCUCACCUUUCGAGAAGAGUAGAAAAGAGGAAAACGAUGAAAGCGAACAGAGCUCUUCAUCGGUGCCAAUUACGCCAACAACGCCAACGCAGUCCUCUGACGAACAAGCGUUUAAUCUGAAUAAAAAGAGGAAAAACAGAAAGCGAAACAAAAAGAAAUGAAGAGGGUAGUUCAUUUCCCUCGCCUCAUCUUCAUUGCGUACAGCUCUUUAAAUAAGAGUGAUUCCAUCACAAGAACAAAUCAGACGAACUGUUUUUAACUUUUGCUUGUGAAAUGUUCGUCAAAAGCACUCGGUAAAAAUUCCUGAAUGAUGAAUUUACUAAGGGGCUAUACCUCUUGAACGCUUAGCAAACUACCCCUGAAGUGCUUUGCUCUCUAGGCGUUUUGUGUUACUCAAAUGAUUUUAUAUCUUAGAGUAUGAUAUUGCUCCAUGUAUGAAGCGUAUGAAACAUUUUUUUAAACUGCAUUAACUACAAGACCCAAGAAUUUUUUGUAAUGAAACCUCUCAAGUUAAAUUUGAGCAUAUUAAGUUCUAAGAAAAUGCAUUUUUUUUCUUUCUUACUUUAAUGCAACCAUCAGGAGUUAUCAGUAUUGUUAUAUUUCUGUGAUAUUCAAUUGUUCUUCACUGUGGAUUGUGAAGUUUUCCUCAAGUGUUUACUAAAUCACACUGUAACAUUUUGAAAUUGUGUUUUCAUUCAGUAUUUACAGAAUACCCCUUCAGGGUAACUAUUCUUAAGGGCCUUUUUAUUCAUCUUUUUCUUCAAUUGAAUGGUCCAACAUGGUCAAUCGUGAUCGUACAAUCGUGUUUUGAUAGUUGAUAUGUUAAACGAAACAAAGAAUUUUCGUAUUGUAAUUAGAAGUGAUGACACUCGUACAUAAGCACUUUCAAAAUGCUUUCUGAAAGAUUUUUCCCAAAGCUUUUACUUCUUUAAAUUUGCAAGGUGAAAAUUCAACUUACUUAUUGUAAAGCAUAGACCAUCUGGACAUGAUUGUAUGUAUGACAAGCGCAACCGAUCUAUUGGGAACCUACACUCGUAUCAUGAGAGGGCUGUCUCGUUGAAUUGAAGCAAAUGAAUUAAGGUGGAUUUUUUUCAUGCAUAAAUAUUUAACUUAGUUGCUAUGUGUAUUAUUUUGUGUUCUAGAUUUUUGACAUUUUGUUAUCUACAUGUAAAGAAAUUUUUGGUAAAUUCUCAAGUAUCAUUUUGCGGUUAUAACCAUCUGCAACUUGUUUUUAUGGAGUCAACCAAAUCUCCACGUGGUAAUUUUUUGAUAGAGCCUAAUGAUCAUUUCAUUGGUCAACACUUUCACCUCAGUUGGUAUUCAUAAUGAUAUACAUUGUCUUUACAAAACAUUUUUGCUUCCUUGGUGACUAUGUAUUUUAUGGUAGUGCAACUUGGCUAAAAUUUUUAGAGACCAAGUUUAUCUAACUGCAUAAUGCCGCUAGAGAGGUUUUUUAGGUACCAGAUCAGACAAGCCUUUUUUGUCACCGAUGAAAUGGAAGCCCUUUUUGCUAAAAUAUGUGUUAUACUUUAUAAAGCUGUGGCCUAAGUAAUGGUCAUGUACAUUGUCAAGUUCUGUAUUACUUGAAUCCGUCCGAGGUACUGUAGUUUUAUCGCUUGAUUUGUUGUCAGUAAUUGUUAUCUACUUAAGUUACACUGUGUGUACAUAAUGCUUUGAAAACCGACAAAUUUUCUAUUCUGAAGUUUGUGUUCACUCUGUGAAAUGUUAAAAGCUAAAAACUUAACUUUUAUCAUCCAUGGUAACAAACCCUUUCUUUCCACCUCUAGAAUAACCAGAAAAGCUUGUUGUUCUCCCUAUGAUGUGUUCAGAAUAGUUAAAGUUUCUGAUAAUGCACCUAAACAGUGUUGAAAAAUGGUGUUAAUUUUCAUCAUAGUAUUAUUUUGUUUAAUGAGUCAACUAUUGUCUUGUCUUAGAAAGCAAACCGUUGAUACAUAUUUCUUCCUGCUUUGAAUCUCAAACUUCUAACCAGAUUCUUUUGUUGGAAAUCCCAUCUAAGCCCAAAUUGUUGUGAGCUCAUUAAGAGAGUGCAAAGAAAAGGAUGGAAAGAGAACGGUCACUAAAAAUCAUUGUUUUCGUAAACUUGAUAUUAUCAUUUGUGAAUGCUCUGUAAAUUAGGUAAUCGUAGUUGUAUGUAAAAUAUGUCACGAUGUAUCAACAUUCUUGUUUUUCAGUGUGUUAGUUGUAUAUACUUGUAAUUUACUUUUUUAUCUCUAGAGAUUUCUGAAUUUUGGAACUGACCAGAUUCAUUUUCUCCUUUAAUCAGUUGAUUUCUGCGAAUGGGGCUCCAAAGUAUUGUCAGUACGAUGUUGUGAGUUUGCAUUUACAAUGCAAAAUUGAAUUGAUUUUCGGAAGCUCCUGUCCACAAGAAGGUUAGAAGUAUCGAUUUUCAUUUCCGUGAAUUUUUAAACUGAUUGAAAUCUUGAGUAAUUUUCCUACCCUUGAUCCAAAGCAACAGUAUGUUAAUCCCAUGUUAUCAUUAUAAUUUCAAGCCUGUGCAUUUAGUACUUAAAUAUUCAAAUUAAAGAAAGUAUGAUUUCAAUAUUAUCCUUAACACAGUUGAUGAUUUUUUCGAUAUUUGCAACUCCUAAUGUAGCAAAGAAUUGAUGGCUGGACAAAAAAAUGUGUACCUCCAUUGUAAUGUCUAAAAAUCUCUGAUUAUGUUUUAUUUUCUUCCAGAAAAACUACCUAAUCAAAAUUUUUCUAUGUAAUUUUGUGUAAUUCUUUAGUAAGUACAAAGGAAUAGAAUUAAUCAAAAAUUUCAACAGAAACUGUAGGUCAGUAUUCCUUUGAAAAAUUAAAACAUGAGCGAAGUCUUGCAGUUUCAAAACCUGAGGAACACAUUUCGACUUUAACUACCAAUUUAUAGCUCUCUGGUUUGGGAUUUUAUGUUUUUGGUGCAAUUCUUGACGACGGAGAAAAGUACAUUUUUCCAAUUAUUUUAAAAUUCUAUGACUUUGUAGGCACCAAAAUAUAUCUAUAACAAUAAUUAUGAUCUACAUAAAAGUAAAUUUUUCCAUUGUUCAUGAACCACUGAUUUCAUGUGCAAAUUAUUAGCCAUGAAUUGAAAUCUCUUGGAUCUUCAUCAAACAUCACUCAAAUUCUCAUCACAUCUGUCUUUGGUGUUAUUAUGUAGGAAUUCUCCGAAACAAACAUUUCAUAAAGGAUCAUCACAAACGUCAUCAACUCACCUAUGUCCGUUUAAUGUUAGUUUUUCAAUGAUUCUAGAGAAUCUUUUGGUGACUUGAACCAAGCUCUGCUCUGCUUAAAAGGUUCUAGCAGCAGGUAGGGCUUUGGUGUGAAUGGAAUGCCAGUUCACAAAGUUUGGAACUCUUAAAGAAUUAUGAUCGAAAUUACUCUGAAUAAUACGCAAGAGAAUUUUUCAUCUUUUGGCCAGGAAGCUUGACAACUCCAUGCGAAACUGAAUAUGGCCGCCAUGUGUUGCAGUUUUUAAAUUAAAAACCAGUGACGUAACAAACGUUAUCCAAUAAUAACCAACACUUUUUCUUACCUCCAUUUCAAAUUAAAUUUAAUAAGUAGUUGAAAAGAUUGGUUUUUACUUGAGGGGUGUCUUCUGACGGCGGCCAUAUUUAACUUUGUGAAAUCGGAUGUUUUAUCUGUAACAAACCAUGUCUUUGCUGUAGUAUCCUUUUGAAGGAAGCUCUAAAGUCCGCUGAUCUCUUACACAAUCAUUAAGUUAGGAGUGAAUUUCAGACUUUCCUGAUACGUUUAUCGUGAUUUUUAAGCUAUUUUCCUUAGAAAACGAAAAACGAUUCUACUGUACGUAACGCCGAAGUUUGCAAUAGACCAAUCAAGAAAAUUAAAAGUGUGACCAGGAGUUCAGCAGAUGAACUACUUUUACUUACAAAAGAAAAAAUUUAGAUCGGGAACCUCAGAAAUAACUUUACAAAUUACUUUAAGUGAAACAAUUUCUUUCUAUUUUUAUUUUUUGCUGUGAAAAGCAGUUUUGCUGGUUUACUCUCAGAACAGAACUCCUCUGUUAAUUAUGUCAUUAAGAUAUCGGCUGGACCUGAUCCAGUGUUUUAUUUCUUUGAUGCUGACGGACCACCAACAUCAAAUCAAUUCUUAAACCUGUACAAGAAAAAAAAAGUUGGUAUAAAAUUUUUAGUGUUAGUUAAUGAAAGAGUUGAUAGCAUGAAGAAAUAUCCAAUGCUGAUGGUGGAGGAACGAAUCUGCAAAUUUUCGAGUUUAAAAUUAAGGCGAUAUCAAGAAAGAUGUAAAAUAUAUUAUUUGCCAGCAAUCUAUGGUCAUGCUUCCAUUACCUACACUGCAAACUGAUAUUAGCUGGGAACCCCAAACAGAAAACAUGCCUCUUUGUACAAAAUAUUUUCUGUUCAUCUUACGUAUAUUAUUUUUUUUUCUUGUUACCAAAAAUUAGAGAGAAGCCACUGUAAAGCAGGAUUGGAAUUCUGUGUAUUCACUAAUGCAGUAGAUUUCUAAAUAAUUAUUUUUCAGGGUAUCGCCUUAAUUUUUCAAUGUUUUUGAGAGGAUUUUGUAAACUACUCUGUAACAUUUUUGAAAUACAUUCAUGUUAAUUUAUCAUUGUGAUUCAUCUCUUCAUCCAAAUUAAAUUAUUAUUAUUUUAUA